AUAAAAUUUAUCCAAAAUGGACAAACAAAUCGAAUAUCGCAUAGCUACACAGAAAGAUUAUAAUUCAGUUCUAGAAUUUCUACGUGAACACUAUUACCCAGAGGAACCACUGACCAUAGCUAGUGAACCAAUUGAGCAAGAUUCUCACGAUGAGGAAGCCAACAUGUCAAACAUUGAACAUGGAACUUGUGUAAUUGCUAUCAGCGAUCAGCAAAUAGUUGGUGCAUUUCUAGCUGGGCCCAAAUAUCCGGAUGAAGAGAAGAAAUUGCUAGAGGAAGCUUCACAUAUUCCCAAUACAAAAUGGGCCAAAGCAUUGCUAUUUUUAGCUGCUCUUGAAAGAGAUUCAAAUGUCUACGAGAAGUAUAAUGUUGAUAAGGCGAUACAUGGUCAUGUUUUGGCUGUUGAUAAGAAAUUUCGUGGGAAUGGAAUUGGACUGAAACUAUUCGAGAAAUCAAUGGAAAGGGCAAGGGAAUUAGGUUUCCCAUUGUACAGUAGCGAUUGCACGAGUGUUUAUUCAGCACAACUGUGUGAUCGCUUGGGCAUGGAUUGUGUGAAUGUGUGCGCAUUUGCUGAUUAUCGUGCGCCAGACAGUGAUGUGCAAGUAUUUUUUCCUCCAGGGGAACACAAAUUUGUAAAAACUUAUGCUAAAAGACUUGUAUAGAUAAAUAAAGAAAAUGCGAAUGAGAAAUAUAAUGUUCUGUUUUGCUUUGGUUUUCAAUAGUUAUAAUGUACCUAUAGAAAAAUU